AUGAGCACGGGAUCUGAAGCACUAGCAAAGACGCCAACAUCGAAAUGUCACAGAUCUGACAGAAGCACCCUCAAUGCGCAAAGUCAGAAGAAGGCAAAGACAGACAGAGGCAAAGUAGCCUUCAACAACGUCCUUACUGCCGUAAAAAUCGCCAUUGUUUCUCAGGACUUACCCGAGACACGCCUGUCAGAGGAGCAAUUCGACCAACUCCAGAUGGCGCUAUUGGAUGCGAUUCAAGCGGAACCGCAAGGUUCCGGACCGGCUUCCAAUGGAUGCUAUCUAGAGAACGGUGCAGCCGUACUCUCAUGCAGAGGGAGGCAAAGCUAUGGAAGCCUGGGUACACGCCGUCAUCCCACUACUCAAAUUAUGGCAGGAUGCAUCGCUGAAAGUAAGAAUAGCCAAAGACCUACUGAACACGAGGAAGGUGUAGGUGAUCGUGCUGGCACCAAAAGCACUGAACCUCAAAUCACCAAAGCAAAUACUAUGUAA